GUUGGUCUGAGCAGUAAAGAGGGAGGUAUCUGACUGUAGACUGAACACUGCCUCAGACUAAAGGAAACUAGUUUAUCUUCGGAUUCAGAGGAACGAGUCAAAGGUAGAAAUGUGGCUGGAUUUUAAACUUCUCUGGUUUCCAAUCUUCAAAGAUACUGAAACUGAGAGAUAGAUAAAGAGAUAUUCACGCUGCAGGACCCUCAGCUGGACAGCUGGUGUAAACACCAUGGAAGACGAGAAACAGCGGUCUUUACUGACCCAGAGAGUGGAAACGAUGGCGUCUGUGAUAGAGCUGCUUUUGGAAACACUGAAAGAUUUGAGUGACGAGGAGUUUGAGGAGUUCAAGAAGGUCCUGAAUCAAUUUCCAUUCCUCAGUCCUGACUUAUUAAUGUUUGUGACAACAGACAUGCAAUCAUUGCUGCUGAAAAUAACAGACCUGCAGGACACAGUGUUUUCAAUGGUGCAGACUUUUGGCCAGAAGUCUGUGGAGAAGACCAAAGAGGUUUUAAAGAAGAUGAAGAGGACUGACCUGGUGCAGAGGUUGUCUGACAGCAGCUCAGGAGCCAAAAAAAAACACUCAGUGGAUGAACACCUGUCUGCACUCAUCCACAAAGUGGCAACAAUGGCGGCUUUUAAAGAGCUGCUUUUGGAAACAUUCAGUGAUUUGAGUUACAAGGACCUCAAUACCUACAAGUGGCUGUUGCAGUUUACGUUGUUCAAGAGGAACCUUCCACAACUCUCAUGGGAACAACUGUGGGCAAACAGUGUAAACCUACUGGUGGAUGUGAUGGUGGAGAAAUACGGUCAACAGUCUGUGGAGGUGACGAAGGAAGUUUUCAUGGACAUGAACAGGAUGGAUCUGGUGCAGAGGCUGUCAGAGACCAGCUCAGGACACAAAGAGAAACACUCUGUGGAUGAACAUUGGCCAGUACUGACCCAGAAAGUGGAAACGAUGGCGUCUGUGAUAGAGCUGCUUUUGGAAACACUGAAAGAUUUGACUUAUGGGGAGGUAAAGGAGUUCAAACUGGUCCUGAGUCACGUUCGCUUCCAAUUGUUUAGGCUGGGGAAAUGGAGUCUGCUGGAGACAACAGGCUACUCAUUAAGGCUGCUGGAGACAAUGGGCCUGCAGGACACAGUGUUUUUAUUGGUGCAGACUUUUGGUCAACGGUCUGUGGAGAAGACCAAGGAGGUUUUAAAGAAGAUGAACAUGACUGACCUGGACCAGAGGUUGUCUGACAGCAGCUCAGGAUCCGAAAAGAAACCCUCUACAGAUGAACAACGCUCUGCACUGAUCCAGAAAGUUGCAACAAUAGCAGCUGUUAAACAACUGCUUUUGGAAACCCUGAAGGAUUUGAGUAACGAGGAGCUCAAGAAAUUUGAAGAGUUCCUGCAGUUGAUUUUCUCCCAGAAGGACCUCCAAAUGGAUUUGAGAGACACAGCAGACAGAGCAGAAAUAGUGGAUCUGAUGGUGGAAACCUACGGCCAGCAGUCUGUGGAGUUAACCAGGGAGGUUUUCAUGGACCUGAACAGGACUGAUCUGGUUCAGAGGCUGUCAAAGCCCAGCUCAGGACUCAAAGAGAAACCCUCUGUGGAUAAACGUCGAACUGCACUGCUGGAGAGAGUAUCAGCGAGGGCAGCUGUAAGAAAGAUUCUUUUUGAAACACUCAGUGGUUUGAAUAUGAAGGAGCUCAUGGAAUUCAAGUUUUUGCUGCAGUUCAAGUAUUUCCAGAAGAGCCUCCCACAAAUCUCAAAGAGACAAAUGCUGUUUGCACACAGUGCAGAAGAACUAGUGGAUCUGAUGGUGGAGAACCUGUUGAAGAUUCGGCAGCCUGUGGAGGUGACCAAGGAAGUUUUCAUGGACAUGAACAGGACUGAUCUGGUGCAGAGGCUGUCAGAGACCAGCUCAGGACUCAAAGAAGGGCCUUCAAGAAGCUUGGUGCUUAAGGGUUGUGGCAGCAGUAUGCAGGACUCCAGUGACUGGACUAAACUUGAACCUGAUGUGAACAGUACAGAUGCUGAUGAGGCUCCAGCUUACAGCCUACAGACUGAAGCAGGGAAGUUUGAAUGCAGUGUCUCUGGAUUGCGCUGGUUCUGUAAGGAAAAGAUCAGCUUUAAGUACCAGUUUUGUUCCUGGGAGGAACCUAUGGAGAGGAUGGAAAGCAUUCAAUACAUGCCUGCAGGUCCCUUAAUUGACAUCACAGUCAUUGCUGGAAGGUUGGAUGAAGUGUACCUGCCACACUGGAUCUGCAUCGAUGACAACCCUGCAAUAUUAGACAAGUUUGCAGUCUUACACAUCAAUGACAGUGGGGAUGUUGUGGAAAAAGUGUCUGAGGUCACACAAUCUCAUGUCAAGUUAUCUGAACCAGUUUUUUCUCCGCGAGCAGUCCUGAUGAAAAUUGGCUUUCCUUUGAAAAUAAGCUGUAAUGUGUUAAUAUACUACAAACCCAACACAACCUUCCUCAAACUCCAUGUUUACCUGAUCCCACAUGACCUUGCUCUAAAAAAGAGAGUGGACAAGAAGGAAUCAUCCAAAGGAUACCAACUAAUCGAAAAGCCACGCCCAGACAAGUACCUAAAAAUGAAGCAGGGUUUCAAGCUCGCAGCAGACAUCGACACAGCAAGGAUUUGUCCAAAGGAAAUAACCCUCAGAUAUGAUAGCCAAGAGCCAAAUUUCUAUGAAGUGGUCAGUGAGAAUCCAGACGGAGACUUCCACCUCAUACUCUCACACACAAAUAAGAGUGAUCCAGUAUGGACCUGUGAAAUUCAAAAAGAUGAUGAUCUUAGAUAUCAAAACUCUCCUCAUUUACAAGUCCAAGAGACAGGUGGGCAAUCCUCCCUACCUGGUUCAAGUGACAAGAAGCACACUGUGAAUGAACAUCUGUCUGCACUGAUGCAGAAUGCAACAAUCACAACGGAUAGAGAGAGGCUUUGGUAUGUGCUGGGAAGGUUGAAAAGGAAGAGUUCAAAGAAUUCAAGUGGUUCCUGCAGGACAGGGACAUCCUGGCAGGCCUCCCAUGCAUCCAAAGCUUCCGGCUGGAGAAGGGAGAACUGUUAGACCUGGUGGAUCUGAUCUGGCAGACCUACAGCGAACACUCGGUGGAGGUGACCAAGAAGGUUUUCAAGAAAAUAAACAGGAAUGAUCUGGUGCAGAUGUUGUCAGGAUCCAAAGCUUCAGGAUCAUCAGCUUGAGCAACCGGUGUGAACACCACAGAGGGAGGAACACUGUGUGGAUGAACACUGGUCUGCACAGAUCCAGAAAGUGAACUAAGACACAUCUGUCUGACCUUACACAACACAGCUUUCAUUCCAUAGAUGCUGGUUAAUUGCAGGACUAGCCAGGGGUUGUUGAUUUAAGUUUGAAAUUUAUAUGGGUUGAUCAGAAGUUGCUAUAUUUAUUAGAAAACUAUUUCCAUGAACUAUUUUCAAGCAUGAAAAAAUAUAGCGGUCAAAACACACUUAAGUACUUUAACUUCUGUUAAAGCAGCAGAUCAGGUGGCUCAUUCCAGUUUUGAAAUCUAUAAAAAUGGGAAAGAAAUGUGUCAGAAAAACUACGAAGACAGUUCACUGAACAUCUGAUCUGGGGUACAUACUUUAUUAAAACAAGAUGUAAACAGGUAUUGUUAUUGUAGAUGGAUUACAUACAGUAUAUGCCUUAAUGUAUCUUUUCUUACUGUUCAUUGUUUUAUGAAAUUGUAUGUUAUUUUGUAUCUUAAAAUCCUAUUUGUGUCAUUACAUUGUCUUGAGUUUUUACUAAAUUGUAUAUUUUUAAGUUUUACAUAAAGCAUUUUAAAUUGCCAUGUUGUUGAAAUUUGCUAUGCAAUGACUGUGCUGUAUCCUAUGAAUCUCUCAGGUCGCAAAACAAUAACUGUUAACUGUAGGAGGGCCAUUCAUGUUUUGUAUUUUAAAAUGACAAUGUAUCACCCUCAUUGUUAUAUAAAACAAGUAUCUAUCAUUA